UUGGGAGUGGUGGUUUGUGUUGAACGAUCUGAUUGGUUGAGAAUUCAAUCCUCAUAGAAACACAAACAAUCUCAGUACAUUUUCUGAAUUCGCUCAAAAACAGACAGAUUUCUCCAAAAUGAGUGAAAUAGAACCAGACCCGUAUUCUGAGACAGCCAAUGAACUUGUUGAUGAAGUAUUAAACAGCGCAAUCAUUGAUGUACAAGAACAAAUCAAACUCAACAGCAAUAAUAGUGCAGAUACAACAAUAAAGAAGGAGAAUCAUGAAUAUAAAGACAUUCAAUGGUUAACUUUACAGGAAUUUACAAUAGAAAAGGGCGAUGAAAAAAUAAAUGAGUUUUUAAAGACUUGGGAAUUUGAGGGGUCCUGGUUACAUUGUUGUGACUACCUAGGUGCAGACAAGCAUGAGUUUGAUACACGGUACAGAUAUAGAGUGCGCUGGAGUAUACCAACACGUCGUAAACCUAUCCCUCGUGCCACUGCCUGUGUGUACUUCACAUUCCAAGUAUCAAAGAUUAAACCUAAGUCUCACCCUGUAGAAGUGUUUUACGUUUUUGAAACCAACAGAUUAGUUCACAGGCCAGGCCAAUCCAGAUUCAGAGAAACAUGGCUAAAGGACAUUAUAGAGAGCAAAGUCCUCAUGAUGCGUGCAGUAGACUUCUGA